AUGGAGGAUAUCAUACAGCUCAAUCAGGAGUAUCAGAUACUUAUCUGCCGGCUCUGUCAAGCAGCUAUCCGUCCCGGCGCCGGCAUUGAGUCACACUUCCGAUAUGUUCAUCAAAUGAAGGGCCAAGUGCUCAAGGACAUCAAAGACUACUACGGCACGCUUGAGGUAGCUGACCCGAUGCUUACUGCAACACCCGAAGAUAACAGUCAGGCAAUUGAACAUCUUGCUAUCUCAGAGGGGUACAGCUGUCGCGCAUGCCGAUAUCGCACUAAAGCACGAGAUAAUGUUGUCCGUCAUUGGCGAGAGGCAGGGCAUGGAGCAGCAGAGGAGCGAUGGACUAACGUGCGGCUACAGACGUGGAUGGGAGGGAGAAAUCACGCGCGCUACUGGAUCGUUCGAGACGACAGCGACAGCAACGGCCCGUCCGAUACAGCUAAUGCAGCUGAUGCUACAAGUCGGAGUGCUAUGGAUGAGCUCAUUGCUGCAAGUCAGGCUCGAUUAGAAGAGGAAGAUGCCGUACGACUACGGAAGGGUGACUUGAAGGAAGAUAUGGACCGUGACUCGUCGUGGGUUAAAAGGCUAGGCUCAUACCUGGGCAUUUGA